UGUUUCUGUGAUGUUGCCGGCAAGGAAGGUUGCGAUGCCAAAGUGCAGCACUGGGUGGACUUUGUCCUCGUGGCCACCGUGCACUCUAGCCAAGUCUACUCCUCCGCUCACUGCGACGGAAGACACUAGAUAGUUUCAUGAUGGCAACUACUAACAUCGGCUGUCAAAGAGCAUUUAUAGUGGGUGUAGGGAUGACGAAGUUUGAAAAACCCAAGUCUAAACACUGGGACUACCCUGACAUGGCGCGACAAGCAGGUCAAGAUGCACUGACAGAUGCCGGCAUUGCCUAUGAAGCUGUGCAGGCAGUUGUUGCCAGCUAUUGUUAUGGAGAACCCACCAGUGGCCAGCGAGCUGUGUAUGAACUAGGUCUGACAGGUGUACCUGUCUUUAAUGUCAAUAACAACUGCUCCUCGGGAUCUUCUGCUCUGAUGCUGGCUCGGCGCCUGGUUCAGAGUGGUAUUGAGGAUUGUGUAUUGGCUUUAGGUUUUGAAAAGAUGGAAGGGGGCUUGUCUGAGCGCUAUCAUGACCGCAUCUCACCUGUGGAUCGACACAUGCAACACAUGGUAGACCUUGGAGCUGAUCCAGGUGUCAUCCAACCCACAAUGAACAAGAUGACCUCAGAUGUCAUCAAACUUUUUGCAUAUGCUGCUCGAGAAUACAUGAACCUUCACCCACAGUUGACUGUCAAUGAUCUGGCCAGAAUAGCCAAUAAAAAUCGGGUACAAGGGGAGAACAACCCAAAAGCUUCCUUCCAAAAAGCACCUGAUGUGAACUCCAUAGCAACCAAGGCCAUGCUGUGUUAUCCAAUCACCUUUGGGAUGUCCGCUGCCACAGCUGACGGAAGUGCAGCUGCUGUAGUUUGCUCUGAGAGAUUCUUGAAGAAACACGGGCUUGAGACAAAAGCUGUGGAGAUUCUUUCCCAGCACAUGGUGACAGACCUCCCAUCUUCGUUUAAAUCCAGCUUCAGAGAUUUGUGUGGCUACACCAUGGCCAAACAAGCUGCACAACGGUGUUUUGAGGAAACUCAUUUGUCACCACAAGAUGUUCAGGUUUUUGAAGUCCAUGACUGUUUCUCCUGUAAUGAACUCUUCAUGUAUGAAGCUCUUCAAUGUGCACCUGAAGGUUGUGGACUGGACUUGCUGAACAACUCCACCUGGCGGAGCAAUACACAGGGAGGCAAAUUACUAUAUCUCGGCAACAAGUGGGUCUUCAACCCAUCCGGUGGUUUGGAAUCAAAGGGACACCCUAUAGGUGCAACAGGCUUAGGUCAGUGUGCAGAACUGGUGUGGCAGCUGCGAGGAGAAGCAGGCAAGCGUCAGGUAGAGGGCGCCAGAAUUGGCAUGCAGCAUAACUUUGGCAUAGGCGGUGCCGCUGUUGUGACAAUGUAUAAAAAGUAUGAAGUGGCAGCCAAACUGUAAAUGGGUUUUGGAAACUGGUUGUAAGGAGAGAUCGCAAGAAAUUAAGGGGAGAAUUUUGGGAUUAAAUGACUAUAGUGCAACGGUAUUAUCAAACAUUACAACGGUAACUUGUAUACGGAAGGUUGUAACAGCAGCAAGUACUAUCAGCUGCAGGGGAACAUUUCUUUGCCCAGAGUGGUGAAUUUCUACAGUGAGGUCCAGAGUACUCUUCUUUCUCAACCACUAAUAAAUCGUUCACCAUGAAGCAGGUCUUCCUGCCAAACCCAAAAGUUUGGAAGAUGCAGGGUUACCCAUAGUCUUACAGCCAUCAGUCUUUUCAACCAGGAUCAAGGUUUAAGUUAAGGACUCAAGACAGAUCUUGCAGGUUGCUUCCCAGAAUUGGACUCUACUAGCCCAUUCACUCACAAAGAGUUUUCUUGCAACGCCAUUUGAAAUGAAAGCACCCACAGAGUACUCUUCCUCAGCUAGCACCAAAAGUGCUAAAUCUUCUUCUUGACCCUAUUAUCUGGAAGGUAGCUGCACCAUGACCUUAUAGAGGAGUGAGGUGUUAGAGCUUUCACUUAUCUUGGGGACAGCUGUUGUGAGGGCAGGACCCACCUCUUUCUUGCCUCCCCAACUCUUUAGGUAGUCAGGUACCCAUACAGCAGAUACAACUCGGACAUUCCAUUGUUUCUGGCACCAGUCCUUGAUACCUCACUUCGAGUCCCACUAAGACAAAGACAAAGCAGAGGUCUUUUUCCUAUCCACCAUUAACUUGGAACAAAUUACCAUCAGCUUUCAUCACACUGAUUCUUUGACCUGAUUUCUUAGGACAUGCCCUUUUUUUUAAAUCAAUGACUUCUCCCUUCCACAUCCUGGUUGUAUCCUUUUCUUUGUUAACAAUUAGGGCACCUAAGUAUGGGUGUUGUAAUUAAGCUUUGUGGUAUAGCACUCUAAAAUCGUUACUAAUGAUUGUGCUUUUGCAAGGUUUUACUUCUGGGAUUUGGCAACCCACUUGACAUUGGGUUGCUGUGGGACCAGUAGUUGCAUCACUGAUCAGAUGAUAUGACAAGAAGUACCUUACAAAUUCCCUGUUGUCCUUUGGGUUCAAAGCCGGAAGGUGAAUACUGUGACCGAUUCAUUAGUUUUGACCAGUCAGUUUGGAUUUUAUUGGAAUUUGAUGCCUAUAAUCAGAAUGGAUUUGAAAAAUUGCAAGAAAUGGAUUCUAUAGACUUUUGCACAGUUCCACCCUGUGGAAAAUCCGUUGAUUACUAUGUUAUUUUUAAUUGCUAAGUGUAAAUUUUAAAACAUGUAUUUUGAAGUGGGUUUAUAGAUGUUGCUAAAUGCAAUUAAUUAUAUUUAAUGUUUAAGUUUA